UCCAACCACAGCGAGCAGGGACGCAACGUGGCCAGGUGGAAAUGGUGGACCAGAGAUUAAAGGAUACGAGCCCGCACGGGGAAAUGAUGGAGGUGAGGGUGGAUCUGCAUUCUGAGGAGCUGGACUCCACUCUUGAAGAUGUGAGGCCUCUGAUUCACGACAGGGAUCCCAAAAGAGUCAACAGCAAUCUGAAGGUCCUGUUCGAGGACGUGAUUGCAGAGCCCCCGUCUGUGAGGAGCUUUGACAAAGUGUGGCUGUGGAGCCACGCCCUUUUCGAGGUGUCAAGGCUGUGGUGCUACCGCUUCAUCUCCCUCCUGCUGGCCGUGCCCGUGUCUCUGGCAGCAGGGCUCCUCUUCGCCACGCUCAGCUGCCUCCACAUCUGGUACGAUCAGAGCUCUGAUGUAAAACAAGCUAGGCGAGUUGAGGAUUUUCUGUUGAUCAUGCCCUGUAUGCAGCUCCUUCUUAUCAACAUGCGAUGGAUCCAGACGGUGUGGGCCAGCAUACUGAAUGUUUUCAUCAGUCCUUUUUGCAGCAGUUUUGGAAAGUGCUGCGGUCAAAUCAUCAUCCAUCUGGCCACUAACAAAACCAGAUAGAACCAAAAGAUUUAGCAAAACAGAAGAUAUGCAUGAGAGACCAGCGRUGACGGAUUGUUUGUUAUUUCCUAAGAGGAAACGUGUAUUGUUUGUGAUUAGUUUGUGUUAUUGUGCACCUGUCAUGAUAUUUAGCAUGCCAACACAUUCAUCAGCUUUCCCAUUUUGCAGUGACACUGACGUAUAGAUUCUCUAACACACUAAGAUGGGGCCCAGCACAAACAGCAAACAAGUGCUCAGAAACCUGAGAGGCCAUAAAAAGGAUUUUUUUAUGAAACAUUGUGAGAGGGUAUGUUUGUGUAAAAACAGUAAAAACAGUUGUCCAAUUUUAUUUGGUGAACUUAUUUUUGCUUUAAAAAAAGUCUAAUUCAUCCCAUUCUUGUUAMGUUUUUUUGACAUGUUUGGAAACAGAAACUGCUUCCUGACUGUUCAAAGAGCACCUUCUCACACAACGUUCAACACCGUUGUCAGUAAUGAUUAUGAUGUUCAAGGACACUCCAUGUGAACAACAGUCCUGCAGCUCCUCUGACAAGUUCARUGUAAGGGUAACCUUCAGAAAGAUGACAUCAAACAAUCUGUUUAAAACAAAGCAUCAAACAAGUCAGCUGUGAUUGUGCUAAAAUAAAUAAGCAUACUGUUCUCAGAAGCCUGAGGCUUGGUUUAUAAUAGGUCUCCACAAAAAAUGAGCUCCGAUUUAACGAUAACUGAGAAAAUCUAUUUCUUGCUAUCAUAAAUAAACCGUUUCAGUCAUGUUAA